CUCCCAGUACAUGUGCGCCUGCUCUACCCGGUCCCGGGCGGAAGUGCAGAGCCCGCUGUGAGUUGAGACUCCGGCCGGAUUGAGAUUCUGCAGAAUAUAGACGGAGCAGCAGCCUGGAAACAUCUCGUACACGAGCGACUGAGUGUUCACAGCGGAGCGAUGUCCGUCUCCACCCAGCUGGGUCUGCUGCUGUGGAAGAACUUCACCUACAGACGCCGACAGACGCUUCAGCUCCUGGUAGAGAUCGUCUGGCCGCUCCUCAUCUUCUUCAUCCUCAUCGCCGUGCGCCUCAACUACCCUCCGUACGAACAGCACGAAUGUCAUUUUCCCAACAAGGCGAUGCCGUCGGCCGGCACGUUGCCAUGGCUACAGGGAAUCCUCUGCAAUGCCAACAACCCGUGCUUCAGGAGCCCGACGCCGGGCGAGUCUCCCGGCGUGGUCGGGAACUUCAACGGCUCCAUAAUCUCUCGGAUGUUUUCGGAUGCUAAGAAGAUUCUUCUCUACAGUCAGAACGAUAAGAACCUGGAAGGCUUCAAGGAACUCGCUCAGGCUCUCAAGGUCCUGCAGGAGAGCCGAUCAGGGUUCAGGUUGAAGCACUUCCUGCGUGACGGCGAGAGUCUGACGGCGUUCCUGCUGCAGAAUGCCUCGCUGUCCGAACACGACGCGGAGCUGGUCAGAGACGCAGAGGUCGACCUGGAGAAGGUGCUCCUGAGGGGGUUCGGGGUCCACCUGAGGGACAUGUGUCCCAGGAAGGGGGGCCAGCAGACUGUGCAGGACUUUGUGACGAUCUCGGACCCCCGGCUGUCCCUGCAGGUACAGGAAGUGAUCUGUCAGGCUCCGGCCAGCUGGCUGGACCACGCAGAGGAGGUCUUCCUCAGCAACCUGGACUUCCUGAAACCCAUCAAGAGGGACGUGACGUCUGACCCAGAGGCCGUCAAACUGGUUGCCAGGGCGACCAACAACCUCCUGGACAGCCUGGGUUUGCUGGCGGUCGAGCUGGCCGGUAUGAACAGCUGGGUGGACCUGAGGAACGAGAUCGUGUUCCUGACCCAGAACGCCACCUCCUCCCCCAGCACCAUGUACCAGGCCGUGUCCCGGAUCGUGUGUGGCCACCCCGAGGGGGGGGGCCUGCAGAUCAAGUCCCUGAACUGGUACGAGGACAGCAACUACAAGGCCCUGUUCGGUAACCACGGCAACAGCACCGAGGACGAGGCUGCCGCGCUCUACGACAACUCCUCAACUCCCUACUGUAACAGUCUGGUCCAGAACAUGGACUCUAACCCGAUGUCCAGGAUGAUCUGGCAGGCCCUGAAGCCCCUGCUGCUGGGGAAGAUCCUGUACACGCCCCACACCCCCGCCACGCAGAGGGUCAUCCACGAGGUGAACCGGACCUUCCAGGAGCUCGGUGUGUUCAGGGACCUGGGCGGGAUGUGGGAGGAGAUGAGACCCAAAGUCUGGAAGUUUAUGGAGAGCAGCGAGCAGAUGGACCUGCUCCGGACUAUGCUGAAGAACAACAUCACCGCCAGCUUCUUCGGAGCUCAGCUGAGCGGCACCGACUGGACCGUGGCCGACGUGUCCUACUUCCUGUCCAAGCAGGCUCCGCCCCCCCGGGGGGGGCCUGACCCCCGGGGGGGGCCGGUGACCUGGAGGGAGGUGUUCAACGAGACGGACCAGGCCAUCAUGAGCAUCUCACGCUUCAUGGAGUGUGUAAACCUGGAUAAACUGGAGCCUGUCUCCAGCGAGGAGCAGCUGGUGAACCGGUCCAUGGUUCUGCUGGAGGACCGGAAGUUCUGGGCGGGGAUCGUGUUCCCGGACGUUGAGCCCAACGCCACCGAGCUGCCGGCCAAACUCAACUACAAGAUCCGCAUGGACAUCGACAACGUGGAGAGGACCAAUAAGAUCAACCCCAGGUACUGGGACCCCGGUCCCCGGGCCGACCCCUUUGAGGACAUGCGGUACAUCUGGGGCGGGUUCUCGUACCUGCAGGACGUUAUUGAGCAAGGCAUCAUCAGAGCCAUGACGGGCACCAAGGAGAAGACGGGCGUCUACAUCCAGCAGAUGCCCUAUCCCUGCUACGUAGACGACAUCUUCCUGCGGGUGAUGAGCCGCUCCAUGCCUCUCUUCAUGACCCUGGCCUGGAUGUACUCGGUGGCGAUCAUCCUGAAGAGCGUGGUGUACGAGAAGGAGGCCCGGCUGAAGGAGACCAUGAGGAUUAUGGGAUUGAACAACGGCAUCCUGUGGUUCAGCUGGUUCAUCAGCAGCCUGAUUCCUCUGCUGGUCAGCGCCGGGCUGCUGGUGCUGCUGUUUAAGAUGGGGAACCUGCUGCCCUACAGUGACCCCGGCGUGGUCUUCCUGUUCCUGGGCUCCUUCGCCGUGGUAACCAUCAUGCAGUGCUUCCUCCUCAGCACGGCCUUUGCCCGCGCCAACCUGGCGGCGGCGUGCGGCGGCAUCAUCUACUUCACGCUCUACCUGCCCUACGUCAUGUGCGUGGCCUGGGAGGACUACAUCGGCUUCGGGGCCAAGGUCUUCGCUAGCCUCCUGUCCCCCGUGGCGUUCGGGUUCGGCUGCGAGUACUUUGCCCUGUUCGAGGAGCAGGGGGUUGGGAUCCAGUGGAAGAACCUGGUCUCCAGUCCUCUGGAGCAGGACGACUACAGCCUGCGCACCUCCAUCGCCAUGAUGUAUGUGGACUCCUUCCUCUACGGGGUCCUCACCUGGUACAUAGAGGCUGUGUUCCCAGGUCAGUACGGGAUCCCUCGGCCCUGGUACUUCCCCCUCAGUAAGUCCUACUGGUUUGGAGAGAAGGAGGGAAAGUCCAACAGCGUUCCUCUGAGCCGGAGAGGAAACCCAGAAGCGGUGUGCAUCGAGGAGGAGCCGGCUCACCUGGAGCCCGGCGUCUACAUCGAGAACCUGGUGAAGGUUUACCGCCACGGCAAGAAGCUGGCGGUGGACGGACUCACGCUCGGCUUCUAUGAGGGACAGAUCACGUCCUUCCUGGGACACAACGGAGCCGGGAAAACCACCACCAUGUCCAUCCUGACGGGUUUGUUCCCUCCAACCUCUGGCACCGCCUACAUCCUGGGCAGAGACAUCCGCACGGAGUUGAGCGCCAUCAGACAGAGUCUGGGAGUCUGUCCACAACACAACGUCCUCUUCAGCAUGCUGACGGUGGAGGAACACAUCUGGUUCUACGGCCGGCUCAAAGGCUUGACGGAGCAGCAGGUGAAAGGCGAGAUUGAGCAGAUCCUGCAGGACACGGGGCUGCCGCACAAACGUAGCGCCCGUGCCAACGCGCUGUCUGGAGGCAUGCAGAGGAAACUCUCGGUGGCACUAGCCUUCGUCGGGGGGUCCAAGGUCGUGAUCCUGGACGAACCCACGGCUGGAGUCGACCCGUAUGCUCGCCGAGGGAUCUGGGACCUGCUGCUCAAGUACCGGCCUGGGCGGACCAUCAUCCUGUCAACUCACCACAUGGACGAGGCGGACAUUUUGGGCGACCGCAUCGCCAUCAUCUCCCACGGGAAGCUGUGCUGCGUGGGCUCGUCUCUGUUCCUGAAGAACCAGCUCGGGACGGGCUACUACCUGACCCUGGUCAAGAAGGAACCGGAACCAUCACUCAGCUCCUGCAGGAACUCCUGCAGCACCGUGUCCUUCAACAAGAAGGAGGAGGAGAGUGCCUCGGUCAGCAGCAGCGAUGCCGGACUCGGCAGCGAACAUGAAAGUGAAGCACCUGCCAUCGAAGGCGUCCCUGCAGCGUGUGGGCCCUGCCCCCCCGACGUGUCGCUGGUCUCGGGUCUGAUCCUGGGCCACGUCCCGGCUGCCCGCCUGAUGGAGGACCUGGGCCACGAGCUGACCUACGUGCUGCCCUACUCCGCCGCCAAGGACGGGGCCUUCGUGGCUCUGUUCAGAGACCUGGACCUGAAGCUGCCCGAACUCAACAUCUCCAGCUACGGGGUCUCAGACACCACGCUGGAGGAGAUUUUCCUGAAAGUGGCCGAAGAUAACGGAGUCGACACGGACGUUCCUUCAGACGGGACCCUCCCUGUCCCGAGGAGAAGGAGGAGGAAUCAUGCAUUCGGAGGUGGAGACCAUCAGAGUUGUCUGAGACCGUUAACGGAGGACGACAACGACGGCUGUAACGAGUCUGACGGAGAUCCCGAGAGCCGAGAGACGGACUGGCUCAGCUCUUCAGACGGGAAAGGCUCGUAUCAGGUGAAGGGCUGGAGUCUGAAGAAGCAGCAGUUUGUGGCUCUGAUGUGGAAACGAUUCCUCAACGCUCGACGCUCCCGCAAGGGCUUCUUCGCUCAGAUUGUUCUCCCGGCAGUGUUUGUGUUCAUUUAA